AAUCGCUCCGGAGCGGGCAAGGAGCGAGCUCCCAGUUCAUCCCAGUUCAUCCCAGUUCAUCCCAGUUCAUCCCAGUUCGGCCCAGUGAGCUCCCAGUGCGGCCCAGUUCAGCCCAGUUCAUCCCAGUGCGGCCCAGUGAGCUCCCAGUUCAUCCCAGUGAGCUCCCAGUGCAUCCCAGUGAGCUCCCAGUGCAUCCCAUUCGCCCCCCUGCGCGUCCCCCUGCGGCGCCGCCUGCAGACCCUGGCCGUGCUGCAGUGGGUCUUCUCCUUCCUCCUCCUCGGCCAGCUGUGCACCGUGCUCUUCGUGCUCGCCCUCCGCUCGCCCCUGUGGCUCCCGGCGCUGCUCUACGGGCUCUGGCUGCUGGCGGACCGCGACACGCCCCGCCGCGGGGGGCGCCCUUGCGCCUGGGUGCGCUCCUGGCCCGUCUGGAACCACUUCCGGGACUACUUCCCCAUCUCGCUGAUCCGCACGGCGCCGCUGGAGCCGGGCCGCAAUUACCUGUUCGCCUUCCACCCGCACGGGGUCCUGGCCGCCGGAGCCUUCGGCAAUUUCUGCACGGACGCCACCGGCUUCGGCCGCCUCUUCCCGGGGCUGCGCCCGCGGCUCCUGGCGCUGCCCUGCUGGUUCCGCCUGCCGCUGCUGCGCGACUACGCCCUGGCGGGCGGGCUCGUGUCCUCGGAGGCCGCGAGCCUGGAGCACCUGCUGGGCCAGCCCGGGGGGGGCCUGGUGGCCGUGCUGGCCCCGGGCGGCGCCGCGGAGGCGCUGGAGGCGCGGCCGGGAGCGCUGCGGCUGCGGCUGCUGCGCCGCACCGGCUUCGUCAGGAUCGCCCUCAAACACGGCGCGCCGCUCGUGCCCGUGUUCAGUUUUGGGGAGAACGAGCUGUUCCGGCAGGUGCCGAACCCGCCGGGCUCGCGGCUGCGGCGGCUCCAGGCGCGGCUCCAGCGCCUCCUGGGGGUGGCGCUGCCGCUGUUCCACGCCCGCGGCGUCUUCCAGUACAGCGCGGGGCUGCUGCCCUUCCGCCGGCCCAUCCACACCUGGGGUCCCCGCUGGAGCUGCCGCGGGUGCCGGAGCCGCCGCCGGAGCUGGUGGAGCUCUGGCACCGGCGCUACCGCGAGCGGCUCCGGGAGCUCUUCGAGGCGCACAAGGAGAAAUUCGGGGUCCCCCGCGAGCGCCGCCUCAGCUUCGUCUGAACCCCCCCCCCAAAAAAAAAAAACCACCCCAAAAAUUUGGGGGCACCCCAAAAUCUCUGUGCCCCGAGAAACGGGGUGAAAGCGCCAAUAAACGGGUUGAAAAUGAGGCGUAA